GCGUAUCCACUAACCUUGUGCACAUUGCAAGGUAACCAGGACAUUGGUCAUGGUGGUUUAUUUUAUAAAUAAGACAACCACUGUUAAAAUCCACGCAGUUCAAUUUCAAUAGUUAUUUUAACAAUACAAGACAAGUAUAUUGAAGAAAACAUGAAACAAUUUGUCGUAUUAAGUGUCUUGCUGUCGUUAAGUUCCUUAGUGUUGGUCACCAGUCAUCCAGAUGCCGCAAUUCUAACCGAUUCUAGAUACCAAUCUAAUGACGGAGCAUUUGGUGCAGCUUAUUCACAAGCCGAUGGCAGUGAAUUUAAGGAAGAAUCAGAUGCCGAAGGCAACAGACGUGGAUCUUACAGCUAUAUAGACCCUAGCGGACAGAGGCGAACUGUCACCUACACAGCCGGAAAAGACGGGUUCAAGGCUACAGGCGAUCAUUUGCCUGUUGCUCCAACCACCGUUCCUACCGCUCCCACAACUCCAACGCCAAAAGCACAAUGGGAAGACGAAUGGAGUCAACCUAUUGCUUCACUACAAUGGAAUACAAUUCCUAAGUAUAAUGGUAACCAAUUCCGUAGCUUGUGGAAUGGAGCAUUGGCUUCUGGACUUUACGAAGGUCAAUGGAAUCAAUGGGAAUCGAUUUCGACUACGCCUAAAAAUGACCAAUGGAAUCAGUGGAACCAUUGGAAUUCAGUUCCUACAGCUAAACAGAUUCAGUGGAACUCUGUCCCUACACCAAAACAGAUCCAAUGGAAUUCAGCCUCUGUUUCAACAGUACAACCAACAUCAUAUACUGUGAGUGAUGCAUCCGCACAAUUUAAACUUAACAGAUCUCCUGAUGGCUACAGCUUCUCACUUGUCCAGAGCUGAUCAACUCAGAGUUAGAAAAUAAAAAAAAAUGUUUUUAAAAAAACGAAAGUGCCACAUUGUUUUUCAGUCGAUUUGUUUUAAUGUUUUAUUAAAAGCUAGUCCAUAUAAAAAAAAACAUGAUUUAUUAUUACUACAAUGGUUAUUUGCUACUUUAAUAUUUGAACUUUAAUUAAUAAUUGGCCAUCAAUAAAGUGGGUCCAGCGAUAUAUUUGACGGUGAAAGAUCUACCUUCAGGGUCUGAGUACAAGUAUUGUCCUUGAACUACACUAUCGGGUUUCACUGAUUGAUGUACAUUUUGGUGAGAUACAACUGGAAUAUGAGGUACUCCAGAUUCACUACGGAACAAUGGCGAGAGUACUUGUUGUACUUGUGGAACGACAGGUACAGAUUCACUGUUAUCAUCUCCGUUGCCUUCUUUUUCCCAAAGUUCUGGGUGAUAUUGUCCAUCAUUUUCGAGAAUUUCGUUGGGUGCGCAACUUGAUAAAGCUACAGCGCUCAAUAAGAACAUAGCUACUACAA